AUGGGCGGGGGGUCGGAUGAGAUGGUCAUGUCACUGUUGGCGGGGCAGGCGGUGGUAGAUUGCGAGACGAUGGUCGUUGGGGGAUGGGAGGAGGUGGAGAGCUGGAAGAAGGAACUCGCAGUACUGAAGAACCGCCUGGACGCGCUCGUGGCUCGACAUCAACGAGAAGUCAAGAUCCUCACGGCGGCGCGGACGCUCCAGAAGCUAAAUCACACCAACAAGCGGAUGAGCAAGCAGACGACGGAAAGUCUGGAGCAGGCCGAGAAGCGCGUCGAAGCUGCGGAGAGGGAAGUCCUCACACUGAAAGAACGCGAAGCGGACCUUCGACGCCGACUCAUGGAGCACUGGUCUGGCGUCAUGGCGUGGGAAGUUCGGCGCCUCGAAAAGGUCUCCUCGGACACUCAAGCCCGGUUCCACCGUCAAUCCCGACACGUCGAUAUGAGCAAGGAUCGAGAAGCCAAGUUGCUCAAGCAGAUGGGCGAACUCGAGACGGAGUGUGAGCAGCGUCUCGCCCGGAUCCAGGAACUGGACGGCGAGCUUCAUCGGCGGGGAGGGAGGGAGAAGGAGCUGCAGGAGAUGGUGGUGGAUUUGGGCCGAAGGGAGCGAGGGAUGGAGGAGGAGUUACGGGCGGUGGAUAAAGUCAAGAGAGGGCUGGAGAUGGAGAAGGAGGGGUGGGAGUUGCAAAGGCGUGCAGUCGAGCGUGAUGGGGGUGCAUUCGAGGCGGAGAAGAGGGAAUGGGCGAAGGAGAGGGAAGAGUGGGCGAGUCACAAGCGGCUCUUGGCGGAGGAGAUGGAGCGGCUCAUGAAGGAUCGUCAAAAGAUGCUGGAUGCGGGCAAGACGAGUGAGCGGGAUAAGGCGGUGAUGCAGGGUGUCAGGGCCAGGGUUGGAGAGGUGCUGGGUAGGCAGACACCAGCGGAGCAUGAGCUCGAGGCGGCCAUCAAGGAGAUGGGGGCGUUGGUGCAGCGUCGAGAGAACGAGGUGGCGAGUCUGCGAGAGGAGAUGAAGGAGGUGAAUAUGGGGUUGGAAGAGGAGUUGAGGAGGGUCUCGGCGGAUCGGGAUAACUGGAAGGGCAAGGCGGAUCAGGUGGAGCAGGGGUACAAGGGCGAUAUGGCUGCGAUUGAGCGCAAGGCAAGAGGCCAAGCAGAGCAGAUCUCGGACCUCACACUACGGAACGAAACUCUCGCUUCCUCGCUCGCGGCCGCCCAGUCCGCCGUCACGUCCAUGUCCUCCUCUUCCACUCAAACGAAAGCCCUCCAAACCCGGUGCGACGCCCUCACCGCAGAACUCGACAGCAUCGCCGGUCAGUUCAACGAAGUGUGGACGAUCCUUCCUCCCCUCUCGCGCCGCGUCGACGCCCAGCUCGCCCGGCCGGACGGGACCUCCGCCGAUGGCGUGUCGAGUCCGACCAAAUCACUCAAUUUUGCGGCACUGCAGCAGCUGUACACGCCCACGCGGGAAGAGUUUGGCGGGAUCGAUGAGAUGCUGGAGAGGGUCAGGGGGUUGGUGGAGGAUGGAAAGGUGUUGGUGGCACGCGUGGUGAGGCUUGGACAGGAGCGGGAGAUGUACAAGUCGAACGCGGCCAAAGCGAAGAAGCUGGUAGAGGACAGUAGGGGGAGCUUGGAGACGUACCAGCAGCAGGUGGCGGUUCUGGAGGAUCGGCUCGCCAAGUCUGGGUCGACCGAGAGUCACUUCCUGGAGGAGCUCAACACCCUUCGCUCAGCGCUCGAUACCGCCCAAAUAGCUAAACGGCAAGCCGAGUCCCGCCUCAAAUCAACAGCCGAGACCGUCGCCAGACUCGAAGCCGCCAAUGCGGACCUCUCCACCCGAGCGCUCACGCUCGCCGAGGAUGCGGAAGAUCAGCGUUCCGCGCUGGUCAAGAAGACGCAGGCGGAGAUUCAGGAUCUCAAGAGGCAGGUCGGGGAGGUUCAAGGCGAGGCGGAUGAGGAGCGCAUGCGGGGUCAGACGCAGAGGAUACAGCUGUUGGAUGAGCUGAACUCACUGCAAGCUGAGGUAGGCGAUCUCCGGAAGCAGCUACGGAUGGCAAAGGGUGGUACCCCGGCUAAAUAA